ACACUAAAACAGAAGAGAAAACCCUAAAAGUCCGUCCACGUGCGUUGCGUGUGCUCUACGCUCACCUCAUCUCCGUCCCGAUUGAAGCACACGCCUCCUCCCUCUUUUUCUCCUCCUUUUUCCAUAAGCUAAACAAACGCAGCUCGAUCUUCAAAUCCCUACACCGAAUAAAUCCAUCGGUUUUCGUUUUGUAAAUCCGACGGAAAGAUGGCGGAUCGCUUGACGCGUAUCGCGAUUGUCAGCUCCGACCGCUGCAAGCCCAAGAAGUGCCGUCAGGAAUGCAAGAAGAGCUGUCCUGUUGUUAAAACUGGGAAACUUUGCAUUGAGGUUACCCCUGCCUCAAAGAUUGCUUUCAUCUCUGAGGAGUUGUGCAUUGGUUGUGGUAUCUGUGUCAAGAAAUGCCCAUUUGAAGCAAUUCAAAUCAUCAACUUACCAAGGGAUUUGGAUAAAGAUACAACCCAUAGAUAUGGCCCCAAUACUUUUAAACUACACAGGUUACCAGUUCCAAGGCCUGGGCAAGUUCUUGGUCUGGUUGGAACCAAUGGCAUUGGAAAAUCAACUGCUCUUAAAGUUUUGGCUGGGAAGCUAAAGCCAAACUUGGGUCGAUUUAAUAAUCCUCCAGAUUGGCAGGAAAUCUUGACCUACUUUCGAGGAUCUGAGUUGCAGAACUAUUUUACCCGCAUCUUGGAGGAUAAUCUCAAGGCCAUCAUCAAGCCACAGUAUGUUGAUCAUAUUCCAAAGGCAGUCCAAGGCAAUGUGGGACAGGUGCUUGACCAAAAAGAUGAGAGAGAGAUGAAGGCUGAACUCUGUGCUGAUCUUGAACUAAACCAGGUCAUAGAUCGUAAUGUUGGGGAUUUAUCAGGUGGGGAGCUCCAGAGAUUUGCUAUUGCUGUUGUCGCCAUACAGAAUGCUGAGAUAUAUAUGUUUGAUGAGCCUUCAAGUUACCUUGAUGUUAAACAGAGACUGAAAGCAGCACAGGUCAUUCGAUCUCUGCUCAGGCCUAAUAGCUAUGUUAUUGUGGUCGAGCAUGAUCUUAGUGUCCUGGAUUACUUGUCGGAUUUCAUUUGCUGCUUGUAUGGAAAACCGGGUGCAUAUGGAGUCGUAACCCUUCCCUUCUCUGUAAGAGAGGGAAUCAAUAUCUUCUUGGCUGGAUUUGUACCUACUGAAAAUCUAAGGUUUCGAGAUGAAUCUUUGACCUUCAAGGUAGCUGAGACCCCACAGGAAAGUGCUGAAGAAAUUGAAACCUAUGCACGAUACAAAUACCCAACCAUGACUAAAACUCAGGGCAAUUUUAAACUUAAAGUUAUGGAGGGUGAAUUUACUGAUUCUCAGAUUAUUGUAAUGCUGGGUGAGAAUGGUACUGGGAAGACCACAUUUAUUCGUAUGCUGGCUGGUUUGUUGAAACCUGAUAACGUAGAAGGUUCAGAUGUGGAGAUACCUGAGUUUAAUGUUUCAUACAAACCUCAAAAGAUCAGUCCCAAAUUUCAAUCUACUGUCCGGCACUUGCUGCAUCAAAAGAUACGUGAUUCAUACAUGCACCCCCAGUUUGUUUCAGAUGUGAUGAAGCCUCUUCUCAUUGAGCAAUUAAUGGAUCAGGAAGUGGUUAAUCUCUCUGGAGGAGAGUUGCAAAGAGUUGCAUUAUGCUUAUGUCUUGGAAAGCCAGCAGAUAUUUAUCUGAUAGAUGAACCAAGUGCUUAUCUGGACUCCGAGCAGCGUAUUGUUGCUUCUAAAGUCAUAAAGAGGUUUAUCCUCCAUGCAAAGAAAACUGCGUUUGUGGUCGAGCAUGAUUUUAUAAUGGCGACUUACCUCGCAGAUAGAGUUAUUGUGUAUGAGGGGAAGCCUUCAGUGGAUUGUAUUGCAAACUCUCCUCAGUCCUUGUUAACUGGCAUGAAUCUGUUCCUAUCUCAUCUGGACAUCACUUUUAGGCGGGACCCAACCAAUUACCGACCGAGAAUCAACAAACUGGACUCAACCAAGGAUAGAGAGCAAAAGUCUGCUGGGUCAUAUUAUUACCUAGAUGAUUGAUCGACACAUCUACUGGCAGUUGCCAAUUGUGAUGAGUUGAACAACAAGACGUGAAUGUGGGGAAUUCCCGGGAUCUCUGAGUGGAGUUGUGAUGGUAUGUUGAUGAUAAGCUGAGAAGAGGUCCGUUGAUGGUAUCCAUGAGGUGGCAUGCCAUUUGUUUUAGAAAAAUAUUUCAAUUAUCCUACAGUGUGCUUUUCUUUAUGUUUUAGCAAUUUUGGUUGAUAUUUUAUGAGUCAGAGGAAUACUGAUACUCCUGUUUUAUUUACUUUUAAGAGCAAAGGUAUGCUGUUGACAUGAGAGAGCUUUGAAUUAUCCAUGUAGCUAGCGAAUUAUUAUUAUUAUUAUUAUUAUUAUUACCCUUUUACUUUAACAA